AUGACGCCAUGGAUUGCGAUUCAAGAUGUGGCCUGUUGCCAAAUUCGCCGAACGACCCCAUUGUACUUCUGCAACAACCAGCCCUACACGUCGCCAUUUACUCGGCAACCCCCACUCGAUCCCUACCGCUCGCAAGCUCGGGAUUUGAAAUGUCCGGCCCGCCCAAGUUCUCGAGACUUUCCGACGAAGCCGGAGGAGGCCGAGUACAUUCUUCCUAUCCUCGACGUGUGUCCUCCCCUGCCUGCCUCGCGUGCGCUGGUUGUGAUUGGCUGCCUUGCCGGGGAACCGCAGCUCCGUAAGUUGCGUCGCACUGUCUGA